AUGAAAGAUUGUUCACCAAGUGUGGCUCCCGUUGUCAAGGGUGAUAAGUUCAAUUUGAACCAAUGCCCAAAUAACGAUUUUGAAAGGGAACAAAUGCACAACAUUCCAUAUGCUUCUACUAUCGAAAGCCUAAUGUAUGCUCAGGUCUGUACAAGGCCUGACAUUGCAUUUGUUGUUGGAAUGUUGGGACAAUAUCAAAGUAAUCCAGGUAUAGACCAUUGGAAAGCUGCAAAGAAAAUGAUGAGGUACCUUCAAGGAACCAAAAACUACAUGCUUAUGAAUAGACAGACGGACAAUAUGGAAGUAAUCUCUUAUUCAGAUUCAGACUUUGCUGGUUGUGUUGAUUCACGCAAAUCAACAUCAGGAUAUGUUUUCAUAAUGGCUGGUAGAGCUGUAUCUUGGAGAAGUGUCAAGCAGUCCUUGACUGCUACUUCCACUAUGGAAGCUGAGUUCGUUUCUUGUUUUGAGGCUACUUCACAUGGUGUAUGGUUAAAGAGUUUCAUAGCUGGACUUAAAAUUAUGGAUUCUAUUUCUAAACCAUUGAGAAUAUACUGCGAUAAUUCAACUGCUAUCUUUAUGGCUAAGAACAACAAAAGUGGAAGUCGAAGUAAACACAUUGACAUUAAGUACUUAGCCAUAAGAUAG